AUGGCUGAAGAAGUUAAGCAAUUAUCCGAGCAAGUCCAAAAGACUUACCUUGACGAUGUCACUGGUGAGCAAGUCUCCAAGACUGAGCUCAAGAAGAGACAAAAGGCCAGAGCUGUUGAAGCCAAGAAGGCCCAGAAGGCUGAAAAGGCUGCUGCCAGCGCUCCAAAGGUCGCCAAGAAGACUGACCAAUUGGCUGACUUGAACCCAAACCAAUACUUCGAAAUCAGAUCCCGUCAAAUCGAAGAAUUGAGAAGAGCCAACAAUGCUGGUGAAAGCGAAUUCAACCCAUACCCACACAAGUUCCAACGUUCUUUGAGAAUCCCUGAAUACCUUGAGAAGUACGGUGACUUGAAGAGAGGUGAAACCUUGAAGGACAUUGAAGUCAACAUCACCGGUAGAAUCAUGACCAAGAGAGAAGCUGGUUCCAAGUUGAAGUUCUACGUUCUCAAGGGUGACGGAUUCCAAGUCCAAGUCAUGGCCCAAGCCCAAGACGUCGCCUCCAUCGAAGAGUACGAGAAGAUGCACGAAUACCUCAGAAGAGGUGACAUCAUUGGUGUCACCGGUUACCCAGGUAGAACUGCCCCAGCUAAGGGUGGUGAUGGUGAAAUCUCUGUGUUUGCUACCUCCGUCCAAUUGUUGACUCCUUGUUUGCACAUGUUGCCAACCGAGCACUUCGGGUUCAAGGACCAAGAAGCUCGUUACAGAAAGAGAUACUUGGACUUGGUGAUGAACGACUCUGUCAGAGACAGAUUCAAGGUCAGAUCCAAGAUCAUCUCUUACAUCCGUAAGUUCUUGGACGACAGAGACUACAUUGAAGUUGAAACUCCAAUGAUGAACGUCAUCGCUGGUGGUGCCACUGCCAAGCCCUUCAUCACCCACCACAACGACUUGAACAUGGAUAUGUUCAUGAGAGUUGCUCCAGAAUUGUUCCUCAAGGAAUUGGUCGUUGGUGGUAUGGACAGAGUCUACGAAAUCGGAAGACAAUUCAGAAACGAAGGUAUUGACAUGACCCACAACCCUGAAUUCACCACCUGUGAAUUCUACGAGGCCUACGCCGAUGUUUACGACUUGAUGGACAUGACCGAAUUGUUGUUCUCCGAGAUGGUCAAGGAAAUCACCGGUGACUACAAGGUGCCAUACCACCCAGACGGCCCAGAGGGUGAGGAAUUGACUUUGGACUUCUCCAGACCAUGGAAGAGAAUCAACAUGAUUGAAGAAUUGGAAAAGAUCUACAACGUCAAGUUCCCAUCUGGUGACCAAUUGCACACUGCCGAGUCCGGUAAGUUCUUGAAGCAAAUCUUGAUCGACCACAAGAUAGACUGUCCUCCACCAUUGACCAACGCCAGAAUGUUGGACAGAUUAGUUGGUGAAUUGGAAGACGCUUCCAUCAACCCUACCUUCAUCUUUGGUCACCCACAAAUGAUGUCUCCAUUGGCCAAGAAGGACAGAAAGAUCGACGGUUUGUGUGAAAGAUUCGAAGUUUUCGUUGCUACCAAGGAAAUCUGUAACGCUUACACCGAAUUGAACGAUCCAUUUGACCAAAGACAAAGAUUCGAAGAGCAAGCCAGACAAAAGGACCAAGGUGACGACGAAGCUCAAUUGAUCGACGAGACUUUCUGUAACGCUUUGGAAUACGGUUUACCACCAACUGCUGGUUGGGGUUGUGGUAUCGACAGAUUAGCCAUGUUCUUGACUAACUCCAACACUAUCAGAGAGGUUUUGUUGUUCCCAACCUUGAAGCCAGACACCAAGGCUGACCGUGAAGAACGUGCUGAAGAAGGUGCCAAGGAUUAA